AUCGCGACGUGGUAUGCCACGUCACCAUUAAGAGACACAUGUGUUGGUGUUGUUGUUUUGGAAUGGCGUUUGCCUGACAAUUUUAUAGAAAUCUUGUACUUUUCGGUCGGUCUAAACGACAGUAUCAUCUCCACAAUGUUACCAACUGAGGGCUUUACGUGUUUCCCCGGUCAGAUGUGGGACAGAGUGUUGUCAAAGGUAAAGAAAGCGGUGGUUUUCAUGGACGACAAGUGUGCUGAGAGUCUUCACUGGAACGGUGGAGCUACCAGUGUAUUUGAGUCUGGUGCUCGUAAUUUAAAACCGUUUUCGAGCUUCGAAGCCGGUGGUGAAAACGAACCAAAGGCAGUGUUUGUGGUGAGCACUUUGCUCAAAGGGAGAACAGCUGACAUUAUACAAGACAUCGUUGGCCUCAGUCAUUUUCAGUACUGUGUCGUUUUCACCACCGUAGCCCACUCCAUACACCUCCUCGCUAACAAUGUCACUGCUGAAUUAGAGGGGAACCCUGUGUUCGAGCAGUUUGAAGAUAAACUGUGCGAAUGGAUGGGAGAUAUGAAUUACACCGCGGAAGUCAUGCAUGCGCCGGUGGUCUUUGCUCCCGUGUCACCACAACUCCUUCUCGCGCCCACCUUCGCGCACCUGUUCCCGCUGCUGCCACGGGACCUCGAGACCAUCAAUAUAAAGCGCCCAGAGAAGAGGAGGUUCGGAAGCUUGACUGAUGUUGACUUGCACUCUCUUUCACCGGAGCUGCAGAUUGAAAUUAAAUCUCUAGCCUCUGCGGUGAAUUCCAUGUUUGAGUCCACCAGCACCCGGGAGGAGAGCUUCGCCUUGGGUCCAAUGAGCCGUCUCAUCGCUGGGGAACUUGCCAAUCAUCCUCAAGCCAAGAACCGCAGAAAGACAGCCCCCAAUAAAGCAUCCAUCGUCUUCAUCGACAGGACACUGGAUCUAACAGGGGCUGCUGGUCACCAUGGUGACAGCUUGGUGGAGAAGAUAUUGACUGUGCUGCAGCCUUUGCCAGGACACACCACUGAUGUGCAGGUGGACAUGCUGGAGCUCACUAACCUGCAGCGCAUCCCUGACUCACAGCCUACCCUGGCUCCAGGCUGCCUCGCACAGACCCAGUCGUCCACAGCCAGGUUGCUAUGGGAAACCAUGCUGGCCAGUAAGCAGAAAGAGGCUGUGAUGGAGGUCCGCAGACAGCUGGUUGAGGCCGCCAGCAAGGAGAACCUGCCAAUCAAGAUGGGUCUGGGCCGUGUGACCCCGGAGCAGCUGUGUUCCUACGUGCAGCUGUUUAAGAGCAACUGGGGGGCUCUAGAGAGUCACUGUGCGGUAAUACAGCUGGGCCUGGCCACUGCCCAGACCCUCCGUCACCCCACACUGCCCCGCUGGGACUCCUGCCUUGCUUUUGAGAGGCUCCUCCUGCAGGCUCUGGGAGACUCUGACUUAGCUGGUGUUCUGAGGCAGCUUCUGCCCCUGAUGAAACCUCGCGCUGCUAAGGGUGAGGAGGGGUCCAGCUCAGAGUCCAGUUCAGGGUCCCGGUCGGGGGAGGAGGAGUGUGGUCCAGAUGAGCUGCUGGUGCUGCUGGUCUACCUGUACUCACUGGCUGGAGAGGCCCAGAUUGCAGAUGAUGAAGAGGAGGAGGAAAAGGUGGAGAGGGAGCUGAUUGGAGCACUCACCCUGGUCAUCACCAGAGAGACGGAACUCAGCCCCCUGCUGCAGAAACUCACCGGGUGUGGAAGUAUUGAAGAGCUCACCAUGGAGAGGGCCCAUACGGCUGUGGAGGGGGUGUUUGACACCCUCAGAGAGUUGAGCCACGCCCGAGACCACCUCAAACAGCUCAACUCUGUCUACACAGCCAGCGAUGGAGUACACCAGGCGACGUACCGUCCGUUCCUCAGACAGGUUCUGGAGGAGAUCUUCCACCCAGACAGACCUGAGUCUCCCGACAUAGAACACAUGUCUGGAGGCCUCACCGACAUGCUCAAGACUGGCUUCAGUAUGUUCAUGAAGGUGAGCCGUCCACACCCCAGCGACCACGCCCUGCUCUUUCUCUUCCUAGUGGGAGGAGUCACUCCCUCUGAGCUCCGCCUGAUCCGUGAGGUAGUCUCCGCCCACAAGCCGGGCACACAGGUGCUGGUCCUCUCCACCAGACUGCUGAGACCUACAGAUGUCCCUGAGCUGCUCUUCACCACCCAAAGACUGGUGCCAGACAUCGGUGUGUGAGCACAGAACAAGGACCACACACCCGACACGUACCGCUUUCUGGAGAGGAGCGAUUAGAUGCUCCAUUGAGGUUUUGUGGUUUGGUAAGUCAUUGGUGUGUGAGCAGACCAGACCAGACGUGGAGGUUCAGACAUAAGACUAGGUGAUAGAAAGAUGAUCUAUUUAGGCUUUUUCAAACGCAUUCCUAAAUGUUUACUUCAGUUUAGUCAGAGCUGUGUCCCAUCCCUUGUACUCCCUAAAUCACAUUAAGGUAAUUAAGUGUUCAUGGAUUUAUUCCAAACUGUACUGAAUGUAAACUUGAUUCAAUCUGGGGUAAAAAGGAUUCUGUCUUGAAGUUCAACUUAGAACAAUGACAUUCAAAUCAAGUUGCUUUAAUAUAUUUGUUUGAAUUAAAUCAGAAUACAUUGA